AUGAGUCUUAACAGCGGUCACACUCUGACCGCCAGUGGACAGGACUUGACCAGCAAAGACAAUCGAGCUCCCUUGGAAGAUGCUAGGACGGUGUUGAAGCCCUCCACCCCCACCAGAAAACCUAAACCACCCAAGCCAGAGAAUGCCAUCACGAUCGGUGUGUCUGCACGAGUCCUCUUCAACAUGGAGAAGGAGCAGCACAUCUACGAGCAGCAAGGCAUGGAGGAGUACAUCAAGUAUCAGGUGGAGCAUGAAACGCAGCCCUUUAGCCCUGGACCUGCCUUCUCCUUUGUCAAGGCUCUGGAGGCUGUGAACAUGCGACUGAGGGAGCUUUACCCCGAGAGUGAGGAGCUCUUUGAUGUUGUGCUCAUGACCAACAACCACGCAUACGUCGGCCUAAGACUCAUCAAUACCAUCAAUCAUCACCAGUUGUUCAUUGAGCGCUUCUGUAUGACGGGGGGGAACAGCCCCAUAGGCUACUUGAAGGCCUACCACACUAACCUUUACCUGUCAGCUGAUCCAGUCAAGGUUCGGGAAGCUCUGGAAGAAGGAAUAGCGGCAGCCACCAUGUUCACCCCAGAGAAGAUGGCGGAAGUGUCGGAGACUCAGCUGCGUGUCGCGUUUGAUGGUGACGCCGUCCUCUUUUCUGAUGAGUCCGAGCGCAUUUACAAGGCCCAUGGACUGGACAAGUUCUUUGAGCAUGAGAAGGCGCACGAGAACAAGCUACUGGACCAUGGACCGUUGAAAGGUUUACUGGAGGCUUUAGGAAAGCUACAGAAGAAAUUUUAUGCCAAAGGCCAGCGCAUGGAUUGCCCUAUUCGGACCUACUUGGUGACAGCUCGCAGCGCAGCCAGCUCUGGUACCAGAGCCCUUAAAACUCUGCGGUCCUGGGGGCUGGAGAUCGAUGAGGCUCUCUUUCUGGCAGGGGCACCAAAGGGCCCCAUGCUUGAGAAGAUCAGGCCGCACAUUUUCUUUGAUGACCAGAUGUUUCAUGUUGAGGGGGCAGCAGUAAUGGGGACAGUAGCGUGCCACGUGCCCUAUGGGAUAGCUCAGAGAGUUACCAAGAGAGAAAUUAAUGACAAAGAGACUUCUUCAGCACCCAAGUAG